UUCGAUGGUCAUUGUUAUAUUGCUUCAACAUUCACAUUUUUUUCUCAAAAUUCUUUCCAAUACAUUACCAUUUGAACGUAUGGUAUUAGGUGGUAAUGGAAAAUUAUGAAGAAAAGAACUUUUUAUGAUUAAACUUUCAUUACCGUGGAAAUUACAUGAUAGACAUCAUGAAUAUUUACGCUACAAAUCAUUCUUAUUCGCACCAUUUAGUAUCGAUUACCAAACGGACCAGUAAGGUAAUUGGUUUUGGACUUUUAGAUGUAUCAGAUCAUAUACACGCAAAUUUCAGUAACCCAUUCAUGUCUUGCACUAUGUGGCAUGACCUGGUCAAGUUAUUCCCAUGUUUGAAGUUUAUGCUGAUGAAUACCUUCAUCACGAAAACAACAAAAUCUGCAUAAAAUAAUAGGACCGGAAAUGAAUGUGGAUGUUUUAGUAUUCUGCAUCAGGAGAUUGGAUCAAAGUAGAUGAUAUAAUAAGAUGUGAAAAUGUGUCAUUGAUUUGGACAAGAUUGAAUUGAAUAAUAUUGUUAUACUUGUUGUGGAGUAUUAUAUUAUCUGGAAUGCUGGAGAAAGAGUCAUUGAUAAGAAAUGAGGAAAGAGGAACGAAGAUUACUUUCUCCUUUCAACUUCAUUUUAGAAUAGCUUUUCGGGUUAUAAUGGAUGAUAAGAAAUCUAAAAUACUUGCAUUGAUCCUGGUGGUAACUCUCAUUUUAUUAAUUACAGUAUCUGCUCUGUAUCUUGGACCAACCUGGCAAUUCUUUUGUAUUUUUGGAGCUUGUAUUUUAGUUACUUUUUCAGUGUUUAUAUGGCUAAUCAGACGUCAAUCCAAGAGUGGAGCUCAUGAUAUCUUGCCGCAGAAACAUGUGAUGUCUAGGGAACUUUCAGUCCCUUGCAGUUUCCUGCGAAAAGUGGCAGGUGUUCCUACAAAAUUCCGUCAAAAAGAGCUCGAACUGGCCACUGAUAAUUUCAAUGCACUGAUUGGUCGGGGGGCAUCUGGGAGUGUUUUCAAAGGAAUCCUAGGUGAUGGCACCUGCGUUGCAGUGAAGCGGAUAGAGAGUCAAGAACGAGGGGAGAAGGAAUUUCUGUCGGAAGUUGCAGCAAUUGGAAGUGUACAGCACAUCAACCUGGUAAGACUAUACGGUUAUUGCAUCGUACCUGCAGGCCCACGCUUUCUUGUUUAUGAGUUCAUCCAAAAUGGAUCCUUAGACGGUUGGAUUUUCCCUAGAAGAGACCGCAGAAACCGACCUGGAGGCUGUCUUCCUUGGCAUUUGAGGUACAGUGUUGCCAUUGACGUAGCUAAGGCUCUAUCUUACUUGCACCAUGAUUGCCGGUCAAGAAUAUUGCAUCUAGAUGUGAAGCCUGAGAAUAUAUUGCUUGAUGACAACUAUCGAGCUGUCGUAUCGGAUUUUGGUCUGGCGAAGUUAAUGGCAAGAGAUGAGAGCAGAAUUAUCACCAACAUUCGGGGGACUAAAGGUUACUUGGCACCCGAAUGGCUUUUGGAAAAUGGCAUAUCUGCAAAGUCUGAUGUUUACAGUUACGGAAUGGUUCUACUCGAGAUGAUUGGAGGGAGGAGAAGUGUACGUGUGCUUGAUGAUAGCAAAGAUAGAUCGCUUAGGAAAUACGAGUAUUUUCCCAAGCUUGUAGUAGAAAAACUGAAAGAAGGUAAACUCAUGUCAGUUGUUGAUCAAAGACUAUUGGAAGGCAGGCAUAUUGACGAGAGACAGGUCAGGACAUUGGUCUAUAUUGCGUUAUGGUGCAUUCAAGAGAAAGUUAGACGUAGGCCGACUAUGGCUCAAGUUGUCGAUAUGCUUGAAGGACAUUUGCGCAUAGAUGAGCCCCCGGAAACUGAAAUGAUCAUUGUCGAUCUGUUAUCCAUCGACAAAGAUAAGGGUGCCGGAAAGAACAGGUUUAAGGCUACAGGGGUAGUACUAUCAGAUUGCCAUACAGCUGCAAGUUCAUCACAUUUGGAGCCUGGUACAGUCUUAACUGGGCGGUAACCAUUGUUGUAUACUUAGUGCAGAAAAUUCAGAUUCAGCUAUAAGGUAAAUUUUCUUUAAAUGUUAUCCUUAUC